AUGCUAAUAAAGAAUUGCGGAUUCUAUUAUGCAUAAUCAAUAGAUGGAGUAAAUGUCAAAGCAGAAGAUGGGUAAUUUCAAACAAAAGAAUUGAAGUUCCAAGUCUGUUAGGUUUUGAUGUUUCCAUUUCAAAUACAAGUAACUCAUCAAAUAUAUUAAUUUAGUUAAGGAUAAGGUAGUCACCAUCCAAGUUCUGGGCAAGAAUGGAAUUGAGGGUGAUGAACUUCUUGUUCUAUUGUAAAAAUUGA